AUGAUGCAGUUACUUCGAUCCCCAUUUCAGACCUCUAUCAAACAAUUGGCGCGAAUAGUACGGCCGGCAACUGGUGCAGUCGGUAAUAUCGAACAUAGAACAUUUUGUGCAACCAUGUUUACUUCUCGUGCCGCUCUGAUACGGUUCAGUACCAGUGGAAGAAGUACUGUUUCCGCACCUCAGAGCUGGAUUGUAGCUUCCAGAAAAUACUGCAGCAAAAAUGAUUCUAGUUCCGAAGAUCCCGCGGAACCUCCCGCAGAAUCGGCGAAUUAUACAAAUCAGCUUCCCGCAACUGUCGCGAUACCUGAAGUUUGGCCACAUCUGCCCGUUAUAGCGACGAAACGAAAUCCUGUUUUUCCACGGUUCAUGAAAAUUCUCGAGGUGACAAAUCCAAUGUUGAUUGAUCUCGUACGUAGGAAAGUGAAGUUGAACCAACCGUACGUUGGUAUUUUUCUGAAAAGGGACGAUGAUAACCCGAAUGAAGUAAUGGAAACUAAGAAGGAAGUGUAUGACAUUGGAACAUUCGCUCAAAUCCAGGAAAUGCAAGACCUUGGGGACCGUUUGCGGCUGGUGGUAACAGCACAUCGAAGGAUAAAAAUUAUUGGUCAACUGUACGAGGAUCUUGAUGCACCUGCCAUUAGUAAGGAAAUGACAAUAAAAUAUCCGUACUUUAACACGCAAAUCGCCGUCUCGGUAGACGAACCGGAUGCGGAAAAGCGUCGGCGAAAGCACAAACUACGAAAUAAACAAAUGCGCAAUGCCAACAACGACCACACGACUGAUGGAACUUUACUAGAGGAAGCUCCAAAGCGUCGAUUGCUUAAAGAAGGUGAACAGCAACCGCUGCUUAUGGUGGAGGUGGAGAAUGUGAAACACGAGAACUUCAAAAAUACGGAAGAAGUUAAGGCACUUACUCAGGAAGUGAUAAAAACUAUUCGAGAUAUCAUUACCAUGAAUCCGUUGUAUCGCGAAAGUCUACAGCAAAUGCUACACCAAAACCAACGAGUCGUUGACAACCCAGUAUAUCUGUGUGAUUUGGGCGCUUCUUUAUCAGCUGCCGAGCCAGCUGAAUUACAAGAGAUAUUAGAAGAGCUGGACAUACCUAAGCGAUUAAUGCUUUCCUUGUCGCUGUUGAAGAAAGAACUUGAACUUUCGAAGCUGCAGGCAAAGAUUGGGCGGGAAGUGGAGGAGAAGGUGAAACAACAACACCGUAAGUACAUACUGCAAGAACAGUUGAAAGUCAUUAAGAAAGAGCUGGGAAUCGAAAAAGAUGAUAAGGACGCUAUUGGAGAAAAAUAUCGAGAGCGCAUCAAAGAUAAAGUGGUUCCGAAAGCUGUUGCGGAUGUAAUCGAGGAGGAACUUACCAAAUUGAACUUCUUGGAAAGCCAUAGUUCCGAGUUUAAUGUGACACGAAACUAUUUGGAUUGGCUAACCACACUUCCAUGGGGUUUGACGAGCGAAGAAAACUUGGACAUUGAUCAAGCCUGUAAAAUAUUAGACGAAGAUCAUUAUGGAAUGGAUGACAUCAAAAAGCGCAUUUUGGAGUUUAUAGCUGUUAGUCAACUGAAAGGUACGACACAGGGCAAAAUCUUAUGUUUCCACGGACCACCUGGCGUGGGCAAAACGAGCAUAGCACGCUCGAUCGCGAAAGCGCUUAACAGAGAAUACUUCCGGUUCAGUGUGGGCGGAAUGACGGAUGUGGCGGAAAUCAAGGGUCAUCGGCGAACGUACGUUGGUGCAAUGCCAGGCAAGUUGAUACAGUGUUUGAAAAAGACGAAGACUGAAAAUCCACUUGUUUUAAUCGACGAAGUUGAUAAGAUUGGAAGAGGCUAUCAAGGCGAUCCAAGUUCUGCGCUAUUGGAGUUGCUGGAUCCUGAGCAGAAUGUAAAUUUUCUUGAUCAUUAUCUUGAUGUGUCCGUGGAUCUGUCAAAAGUUUUAUUCAUCUGCACAGCCAAUGUGAUCGAUACAAUUCCCGAACCGUUACGCGAUCGUAUGGAAAUGAUCGACAUGUCGGGCUACGUGGCGGAAGAGAAAGUGGCAAUUGCCAAACAGUACCUCAUUCCUCAAGCCAAACGCGACAGCGGAGUUGAAGAUAAACACAUAGCGAUAACAGACGAUGCAUUGAAUGUAUUAAUCAAAAGCUACUGUCGCGAGUCAGGUGUACGUAAUUUACAGAAGCAAAUCGAAAAAAUUGUACGGAAAGUGGCAUUUAAGGUCGUGCGGAAAGAGGCUGAAUUCAUGGAGGUUUCAGGUUCGAAUCUCAGCGAUUUGCUAGGCAAACCGAUUUUCACCCAUGACCGAAUGUACGAAACAACUCCACCCGGUGUGGUGAUGGGUCUUGCGUGGACAGCAAUGGGCGGUUCAGCAUUAUAUAUUGAAACAGCAAAGCGUAAAUUAAUGGAAGCGUUGGAUGAUGGGAAUAUAAAACAGUCUCCGGGUGAUGGAUCGUUGGAACUUACCGGUCAUCUGGGUGAUGUGAUGAAGGAAUCCGCUCGGAUAUCGCUUACUGUGGCACGGAACUUUAUAAAACAAUCGGAUCCUUCUAAUAACUUCUUGGAAUCCAGCCACAUACACCUUCACGUCCCUGAAGGUGCAACACCGAAGGAUGGACCUAGCGCGGGAGUGACGAUCGUUAGUGCAUUGCUUUCACUGGCCAAGGGUCAACCAAUUCGGCAGAAUGUAGCAAUGACCGGGGAAGUUUCCCUGAUGGGAAAAGUGUUACCUGUCGGAGGAAUCAAAGAGAAAACGAUAGCAGCUAAGCGUAGCGGUGUUAGCUGCAUCAUUUUGCCGGAAGAAAACAAGAAAGACUUCACUGACUUGCCCAGCUUCAUUACGGAAGGAUUAGAAGUACAUUAUGCUAGAACCUACGCAGAUGUUUACCGUAUUGUGUUCCCUGAGGUUUAG